CCCGCCGUUCGUUCUUCCGGCGGCAAUGGCUGCGGUUGUGGCUGGGAUGCUACGAGGGGGUCUCCUGCCCCAGGCGGAGAUUCCUCUGCUUGGACCACUCCCCGCCCCGACCUUGGUGCUGUGCCCCCUCCUUAAAGUCUCAGCCUAAAUGUCAUCUCAGGCCUUCCGUCGCCAUCCUCCUCAAGGUCGGCUGCCCACCUUCCAGACUGUCCGGUAUGGCUCUAAGGCUGUUACCCGCCACCGUCGCGUGAUGCACUUUGAGCGGCAGAAGCUGAUGGCUGUGACAGAGUAUAUCCCCCCCAAACCUACUAUCAACCCAAGAUGCCUCCCGCCCCCUCCCACCCCUCCGCAAGAGGAGACAGGCCUCGUCCGGCUCCUCCGUCGGGAGAUAGCAGCCGUUUUCCGAGACAACCGGAUGAUAGCAGUCUGCCAGCAUGUGGCUCUGAGUGCGGAGGACAAGCUGCUCCUGCGGCACCAGCUGCGGAAGCACAAGAUCCUGAUGAAGAUCUUCCCCAACCAGGUCCUAAAGCCCUUCCUGGAAGAGUCCAAGUACCAGAACCUGCUGCCCCUCUUUGUGGGGCACAACCUGCUGCUGGUCAGUGAAGAGCCCAAGGUCAAAGAGAUGGUGCGAAUCCUGAAGGGCAUUCCUUUCCUGCCACUGCUGGGUGGCUGCAUUGAUGACACCAUCCUCAGCAGGCAGGGCUUCAUCAACUACUCCAAGCUUCCCAGCCUGGCCCUGGUGCAGGGGGAGCUGGUAGGAGGGCUCACCUUCCUCACAGCCCAGACCUACUCCAUGCUGCAGCACCAGCCCCGCCAGCUCACUGCCCUGCUGGAUCAGUACGUCAAACAGCAGCAGGAGGGGCACCCUGCCGUGCCAGCCAGUGGGCAGCCGGAGCCUCCUGACCCUGUUCCGGACCCGUAGCCAGCCUCUUGUACCCAGCCUGGCCAUAAAUACACUCUGCCCCUGUUGGCUGUGCCCCCCUGUGUUGGAGAUGUGGGGAACUGAGGGAGGGGAGUGGCUUUUGUUACCUGGCUUUCGCUGACAGCAACCACUGCCAGUACAGGGCCGCCUGGAGAUGCAGAGGGAUUCCGCUUCAGAACAGAGGCUCCUCAGCAGCAUCUGUGUCCCUAGUUUUCCCCAAAUUGGGGCCUGAUAGGAGCGGUCUCUUUCCGCUCUCCAGGUCCAAGAUGGAGAAGCUGAAUGGCUGAGGAUAUUGCCCUUGGCCUCUUUGUUCACUGUCCCUUGUCGCAGGCGUCUCCCAGCCCACCUCCUCAAGGUUCCAGUGUGCCAGAAUAGCUCACCUGAGUAAUUCAUUGUGCCGAGAACGGCAUCUGUUGACAAGCCUACUGUGCCAGGCUCCAUGUGAACCACUUUACACGUGCUAGGUCCUUGAUGUCUCUCAUGUUAGUCCCAUUUCACAGAGAGGAAGACUAAGGGGAGAAGUUAAAUAGCCUACUCAAGGUCACGCUGUUAGGAGGAGGCAGCACAGGGACUGAACCAGGCUCUCAGCCCUGGAUUUCUGCUCGAGAGCUUUCUCAUUAGGUGUGCUUGGAUGUUAAUUUUCCAAACGUAAAUUUGGAGUGUGCCAUGUUGUGGAAACGUUGGGAGCACUGCCUUACGAUAAAGUGAAAUGCUUUUUACUCA